AUGGCUGCCGAAGGCGCUGAAGCAGGGGAACAGGAUGGGCAGCCAGGGGCAAUGCAGCUGCUGCAGCCAGGGAUGGCGCUGGUGUCAGGCAGCGGGCUGCAGCAGUGGCCUGAGCAGUAUAAACUCUACUGUGGGAGUGAGGGCUCCUUUCAUCACUCCUUUGCAGUAUGUGGAAUUCUGGUGGCGAAUGGCAUGUAUGCCCCAGACUUUAACAACCCCAAGCUGCAGGCUAUCAACCACUUCACUGAGGACAUGAAGUCUGCCCUGCUGUCUGGGGGGCUGAAGCAGUUUGAGCUUGCACUCCUUCUUGCGGGUCUGAAUGCACUCUGCCAGGGAGACGUGGGAGCACAGGGUCAGCAGGUCCGGAAGCGUGCAAAGUCUGCUGCAAGCAAUGACUGCAGCAAGAGGACAAAAUGUACCGCACAGGAGAUGGCGGGCUUGCUUAAGAAGGAGUUUCACUCGGACAUCAUGUCUGCAUCCAACUUCAAGGACAUCCCGGAGGUGAAGGUUCGGAUUGCAGAACUUAUUAAUAAAUUUGGCGGAACUGAAGGUGCCGCCACCAUGGUAGGCAUUAAGGCCAAGGCAAACACAACCGAGGAGGAUGUUGCUGAAGAAUUGAUGAAGUCACUCCGCCACAAAUGGAAGAACCUCCGCAACAUGGCUAAGAAGACACAGAAAGAGAAGGGUGCAUGA